AUGGAUCAAGCCCGAGUCGCAGUCAAUCGUCUGCGGGAUCGAUUUGGCCGUACUGUUACCCCGUCGCCGCGAAGUCGCACCGGCCUCGGGGGCUUCCGUCGUCUGAGAGGGCUGACUAGCGGCAUGAGGGACUGGUACCGAUUGCGGAGGCAGCGCCGUGGGGUAAGUGAGCAGGACGAGGGUCACGGUCUUGGAGAUCUGCUUGGAAAAGGUGUUGUCGAAGACCAGCGCGUAGUUUCCGCCCUCAUUAGCGGGCACGUCGUAGGUACCUUUGACGAUCUUUUCAGCCUCGCAUUUGCCGAGCCAGCGGAUCUGCUUCAGGCCGAAACCAGCCAGUCGGUCGAGGAUGGAGGCGGAGGCAUUCGAUCGCGAGCUUGCGGUGGACGGCAGGUUUUCGGUCGAAUCGGUGCUGUGAGAGCCUCCGUUGGAGCCCAAGACAGCGGAAUGGCCGGGGUGCUUGAAUAUUCCGAAAUUGAGGGAUUUCUUGUGCGGCUGAAUGCUCCAGGAGAUGGUGUGGCCGGGUUUGACAUUCACCCAACGAACAAAGUAGGACUAGACACGAGUGAAGAUCAAAAAAUAGGUAGUUAG